CCUCAGAUGGUUGUUUUCUUUUUUCCAUCUCUCGGGCUCGGCCUCCCUGUUGCUGCCGCACCUCCGCCUUCCCGUCCGUGUCACGCUUUGUUCGCUUUCUUUCCUCCACCUCCAUCGUCUCUCCCCGUUUCGUCUCCCUUCUAUUCUGUCGGCUCGGCCGGCCGGCUGUUCUGGUGCAAGAAGGCCAGAAAGAGGGGAUCUUUGCUGAAUUCGUAGGCUCUGAACUGGUGCAGGAGUUGGGAGUGUGGCCAUUGCCUGAUUGGGGACAUAAGGUGGGGGUUGUCCCCAGACCCCAGUGAGCUCCACACCGGUCCCUGCUGUUCUCCCAGUCAAAAUUCUGUAUCCUAUGAUGCUGAGAUCAAGGAAUUAGGCAUAAUAGUUUGGUUGUCUUGGUUUCCUGCUGCAUAAAGUUGUACAUAUUUUUUCUCUGGAUUCAAGAUCCUCCCUAUCCUUUCUAGGGGAAAAUAUACAGCAGAUUUAGCUGUGUAGGUGAUCAAUUGCUGGUCUCUUUGUCGUAGUUUACAUAACAUCGUUGAUGCCAUUUCCAUCUCCAACUGUAUUUUGCUGAAUUAAAGGACAUUGGAGCAUAUCUGACCUUCCCAAGGAAGAAGGCUCUUGACCCUCCAGAUUAUAAACAUGGGUUGGCUGAGUAAAAUAUUUAAAGGUUCAGUAAAUAGAGUUUCAAGGGGACAUUACAACGGGAACUCCCAUGAAGGCUAUUCAACUCAACACACUAAAUCAUAUCAGGGUGCGCAUGGUAAUGAGGACGAAGACAUGGAUCAUGCUAUUGCACUAUCCUUAUCAGAGCAAGAUCAAAGGAAGGGAAAGGCCAUUGAUACGGAGCACCACUUAGAUGAAGAUGAACAACUUGCACGGGCUCUGCAAGAAAAUACCAGUCCUACUCUAGAUGAAGAUGAACAGCUUGCACGGGCUCUGCAAGAAAGUAUGAAUGAUGAACAUCCUCCUCGUCAGCAUAUUCCAAUUGAAGAUGUUCACUCAGAAAGUGCUCCAGCAAGUAGCUUGCCCCCAUAUGUUUUCCCCACAAAUGGAUCGAGGGUCUGUGCUGGAUGCAAAACUCCAAUUGGUCAGGGACGGUUUCUCAGUUGUAUGGACUCUGUUUGGCACCCCCAGUGCUUCAGGUGUUACGGUUGUGAUAUACCAAUAUCAGAGUAUGAGUUUGCUGUUCAUGAAGACCAUGCAUACCACAGGUCCUGCUACAAGGAGCGUUUCCAUCCUAAAUGUGAUGUUUGCAAUAGCUUUAUUCCCACAAAUAAAAAUGGCCUCAUUGAAUACCGGGCCCAUCCUUUCUGGAUGCAGAAGUAUUGUCCUUCCCAUGAAAAUGAUGGUACACCUAGGUGCUGCAGCUGUGAGCGAAUGGAGCCAAAGCACAGUCAAUAUAUAACAUUAGAUGAUGGCCGGAGACUCUGCUUGGAGUGUCUGCAUACUGCAAUUAUGGACACCAAUGAGUGCCAGCCACUAUACAUUGAUAUUCAGGAGUUCUAUGAGGGUAUGAACAUGAAAGUAGAACAACAAGUUCCCUUGCUUUUGGUUGAGCGACAAGCUCUAAAUGAAGCCAUGGAAGCAGAGAAAAUCGGACACCACCUUCCUGAAACCAGAGGUCUCUGCCUAUCUGAAGAGCAGAUUGUCAGAACUAUAUUAAGAAGACCAAUAAUUGGACCAGGCAACAGAAUCAUAGAUAUGAUCACAGGACCAUACAAACUAGUUCGACGGUGUGAAGUGACUGCAAUUCUUAUACUGUACGGGCUGCCAAGGCUGCUAACUGGCUCAAUUCUGGCUCAUGAAAUGAUGCAUGCUUACCUCCGACUUAAAGGAUACCGAACCCUGAGUCCAGAGGUUGAAGAAGGCAUCUGUCAGGUUCUAGCUCACCUGUGGCUUGAGUCGGAAAUCACAUCAGGUUCUGGUAGCAUGGCAACCACCUCAGCUGCGUCAUCAUCCUCUUCAACAUCCUCCUCAUCAAAAAAGGGUGCAAAGACAGAAUUCGAAAAGAGACUUGGCGAGUUCUUCAAGCACCAGAUUGAGACAGAUCCUUCCGUGGCCUACGGAGAUGGGUUUCGAGCAGGCAUGCGAGCCGUUGAGCGGUAUGGCUUGAGGAGUACCCUCGAUCAUAUCAAGCUGACGGGGUCUUUUCCGUAGUGAAGCUGGGUUUUCCCCUCAAGUUCGAACAUGGGUAUAGGUAUUUUGAGAACUCUUGGUUCAUGUUACGCAUAGCAAAGGGUAUAUAUCGUCUACAGUACACGAAGUAUAUACGAGAAGAUAAAUAAGGAUUUAGUUUAUACCGUCCAUUGCAGAAAAAAGAAGUAUUGAUUUUCCUUCACAAUUAUAUAAUUGCACAGUUCACGCAUGAAGUUAAGUGGUCUUUAGCUUGACCAGCCAUGUAGACUGCUAUCACUUAAUGCAAAAGAAAGUCGAACAUACUAUAUACUUUGCUGCGUUUGAAAUGCAAUCUUGGAUGCUCUGCCCCUUUA